UGCUGUAUGAAUUGCAUAGGAACCCAACUGCUUUUAACUGCAAAGAGCUUCUUGUGGAGGUCAAUUUGUAAAACCUAUUUUUCAAUCAGUUUGUCAUUUAUUUGCAUAGCCUGCUUCCAUGAGUGGCCAGGGCAGAAUUUGUAAGCUAAUAGCCAAAGUUUUCUGAUAAAGAAGACAAGGAGAUGAGCCAGGAGCUUGAAAAGAAACCAGGAAGUGCCAUGACACAAAGUGAACUUCAAGAGGACAGAAUCCACAAGUUUGACGGAAAGAACAGAUUCCAAUGGAAAGGCAACUCAGACUCUGGCUCAGAAUUAAAGAAGGACAUCAGCAGCACUGGACUGAUGAGAAAGGACAUGAAUGCUGACCCCUUGAAAUUCAGCCCUGGUACACUCAGUGACAGACACUCUGCUUCGUACAGGGCACGCUGCCCAGAGAUCUUGGAGAUGAAGUGUUACACAAAGCUGAAGAGUGCAGCUUUUGAAGAUGAAUAUCGGCCCCUGCCAUCUUCUGCACGCUUCUCUCUGCGAACAAAGCGCUCUCCGUCCCGGUCCAAAGAGGGGGCGCGCGUAACCUUUGCUGAGGACCGUUCCGAUGACCUCCCCCCGAAAAAAAGCUCCGGGUCCCAGACAGAGGCUCUGCCGUCCUCUAUGGCAGAGAGACCGGAGGCUUGGUGCUUCUCCCCGCAUCCCAGGAGAGGACACCCCCGGUGGGGCUCCUUAACCGGGCCUGAGGCUCUCACUGAUAGCCCUGCGAGGCGUAGGGAUGUUAGGGCCUUCCAGCCCUGCUCCGAUCUGUGUCCCUGCAGCACUCCCAGUCAGCUCACACUGACGCAGCCCAAGACUGCAGCCCCUGACCCUAAGCUGGAGCUGGAACCAAACUCCAGAAGUUUUUUCAAACGCACGUCAGAUCUCUACGUUGCCACUCACCUGCCAGAAGAAGCGUCACGUUUCCGGAAUUUUCUGGAGGUGUCUCAGAGCUGCGGUUCUUCCCUUCGCAGUCACUCGCUUGACAGAUUACUGGACAGCCACUUACCUGGGACUCAAGGCGCAUCUCAGAGUCACACCUCACAGCGUCCCAGUCCUCCAGCCUCUCCCUCUGGACUGGAAAGCACAGACCUGCAGUCCCUUUCCUCUUCACUCUGCACCACAGUAUCUGCAUACCAGCCCCGGACCGCCAUCAAAAAUUACCCAGCCAGAGGCCGAGAGGAUUUGGGACUGAGAGAGGGCGAGUGCCUGGCCAGGACCCCUCCACCCCCAAUCUCGGAGCUCUCCUCAGUGCUCCGUCAGCUGCUGGACCUGGUGGACCAGCACUGGAGCGGCCCUUGCUCCCUACAGCUCAACCCACGAUUCCUCACUCCUGCGUAUGAUCUAUUAGCUUCUCUGACGUCACCCUCUCUUGCCCGGUUUGAGAGAGGCAGGAGCCCAUGGAGGAUGAAGGAUGUGGAUAAGAAUGGAGAUAAGUCAGAGAGAGUGAAAGACAGCAUUGCCCUGGGCCUGAACAGCUCUGAUCUGAAGCACCAGAAAAACCAACCAACACAAACACAUCAGCAAAUGGAGUCACUGAAGAAGAGUGCUACAACCGCAAUGGGGGAAAGAAACAGUUUACACUGUGAAACAGUCAACUCAAAACCAGAGUCCGCCUUGAACAUUUUUGAAACUGGCAGGGAAUGGGACAAGUGUCUGCAGAGGCAGGUGGAAGCUCUAAGGGAGCAAGAGAGACACUUUAAACGACUGGAGGAGACAAUGGGUUUGCUUCAGGACAGCCACAGAUCUCUGCUCUCCAGCAAUAACUCCCUUAUGGAACAGUUUAACAAUCCAAGCAGCAACCAAAACACAGACACACAUAAAUUUGUGUCACACCAUGAAUUUAGAAAGGCAGCUAAUUUAUUGUCUCCUUCCUCAAUGCAGCACUCACAACAGGACAAGGGCUCCUUGACAGUUACUAAAUAACUUGAAGUUCUCUGAAAAAAAUGUGUAGCCAAAGUCAUUGAUGGCGUCCUGGGUGUCAAGAUAAAGAGAAUCACCAUUUUCUGUUCAAAUGGGGAAUGAUAUUGCCUACCUGGUGUUAAUCAGCAGCUGAUUUAAAAAUUCCCAUUUUUUAUUGAAUAUCUCCAACAUGGCUAAAUUGCCUGCGCUAUUUUGGGAGAAAGACCUUGCUCCAGUUCACUUAAUCUUCUAGUCUGUUUGUUUAAAUAUUUGAUAUAAACACCAUCUGUUUGUGU